AUGGACAAGGAAUCUGAGUUAUAUGUAGCAACCAUAAGUGGUGAUCUCCACCAGUUCAAAACAAUUUUCAAUACAGAUCCUGAAUCAAAAGGUGGAGAUGAAGCUAUUGUAAGAGCCCUUGUGGGAGAUGUCUCUCGUAACGACACAGAGAAGCGUAAUCUACUGAUAGCAGAGGAUGUUGUUUUAGAAGCCAUAAUCAAGGCGGGGCCAAAAUUAAUCCUAAUGAGCGACAGUAAUGGAAGAAAACCGCUUCAUUUUGCUGCAUAUUUGGGUAACCUAGAAGCAACACAUUACCUGCUACAAAAAUGUAAGAGCAAUGCAACUAGAAGAGACAAAAGAGGUGAACUGCCUAUUCAUUUGGCAGCACUUGAAGGCCAUCAUUUGACUUUGGCUGCUCUACAUGCUGCAUCUGUUCCUCAAAAUUCAGAUUCAGAUAGAAAGAUCCAUGAAGAAGAGUAUGUGCAUGCAAAUAUGUGCAAGGAUCUUGACUUGUAUCUAGCAGCCAAAAAUGGAGAUCUUGCUGACAUCAAAAGAAUUAUUCGUCGAAUUUCAACGGGAGAUUCCGGAGACGAUAUUUUGUCAAGGUUAAGCCUUAUUGGAAACACAUUUCUUCAUGUAGCAGCCAAACAUGGAAACCAAGAUAUAGUGAAAUUCAUAGCUAGUACGAAACCAUCUCUUGUCUCAGCCAAGAAUAUCUGUGGAGAGACGGUGUUGCAUCUUGCAGCAAAGGGUGGACAUGAAGCAAUGGUAGAAGCCCUUGUUGGAAUCAUCUCUCAUAAUGAGACAGAGAAGAGUGCUUUGCUUAUGGCAGAGAAUGAGAUGGGAAACACAGCCUUGGAUCAAGCAUUAAUCAGUGGUUGGGAAUUUGGGAAUCAGUUGCAACACGGAGAAUCUGCGGUUUAUUUGGCAGCGAAAGCCGGUCUUGUAGAAUGCGUCUCUUCUAUUCUCGCACAAUGCACGGACGAGAGGCGUCUAAACCUGCUUUUCAAGAAUAAAUCUUCCAUCCAAGCAGCAAUUGAGAGAAAGGACAUAGUUGUUUUAGAAGCAAUAAUCAACGCUAAGCCGGGAUUAAUCCAAAUGAGAGACAAUGAAGGAAGAAAUCCUCUUCAUUUUGCUGCAUCUUUGGGUCACCUAAAAGCAGCAAAUUACUUGCUACAAAACUAUCCUUUCAAUGCAACUAGAAGAGACAAAAAAGGUAAACUACCUAUUCAUUUGGCAGCAUUGGAAGGCCACGUUGAUAUCAUUUGUGCGUUGCUUCAAGAUAUCCCCGAAGCAGAUGAUCUGCUUGACAAGUCUGGUCGUAACAUUCUACAUAUCGCUGCUCGGAGUGGAAGAUAUAAAGUGUUCAAUUUUGCUCUCAAGAAUCCAAAUAUAAACUCCCCCGUAAACAUGAAGGAUAAAUUUGGAGACACGCCCCUGCAUAUCGCUUGUAGGAAUGACCAUCCUAAGAUACUCAAUUGCUUAACAUGGGACCAGAAGAUUGACUUUAUGGCGGUUAACAACAAGGGAAUGACUGCUCUUAAUGUUGCUUAUGAGAAAAAGGCAUGCAAUCCUUCAUUUAGGCAGCGUUUGGUUUGGGCUGCCCUAAAAGCUGUAUCUGUUCCUCAACCUAUCUCCUACUGA